UCUCCUUUUAUUCCAGUAACAAACAAGAAUAGCAGGUGGUGCGAUUGGGAUGUCGUCGAAGAACAAUCACAGAGGUGAUGGUCAGAUUCCUCAGCCAUGCCCUCACCUUGCUGAUUUCCGAUCCCGAAAUGGUCACAAACCAUUUCGCGCCCUACAGGAGUGCCUCCGAACCAAGCCACUCGGACGAGCUGCGAUCCGCCGCGACCCGAAAGAAGUCCCUCACUGCUCCGACUGCGGUCACUCCGCACGCCAUCGCCUCUACGCAUGCGUUGCCUGCGCCGCCGUCUUCUGCCACUCGCAGCCUGAGUCGUCCCACGCGGCCGUUCAUGCCGAGUCAAUGCCUCAAGGUCACGAGAUCGCCGUUGAUGUCGACCGCGCCGAGCUCUUCUGCUGUGCCUGUUGUGAUCAGGUAUAUGACCGUGACUUUGAUGCUGCCGUCGUACUCGCGCAGACUGCGGCAUCGACGCUCGGCGGUGGAUCGACGUUGCCGCCGGUGCUGCCACCGGAGAAUCUCAGGAAGAGGAGGAGGGUAGAUUAUCGGCCAUGGACGCCCGAUCCAAGAGAGCGAAUCUUGAUGGGGAGAGGUUCGAGUCCAUUGCAGAGAGGAGAUGAAGACUCUUCCUGCUUACCUGAGGGGUUGCGAGGGCUUAACAAUCUUGGGAACACUUGUUUCAUGAAUUCGGUCCUCCAAGCUUUGCUUCACACUCCUCCACUGAGGAACUAUUUCUUGAGUGAUCGCCAUAACCGUUAUCUUUGUCAGCAGAAGAACAAAAUGGACAGUAAUGUCAACCAAAUGAAUGCGGCGGGCCACGAUUGUAAUAAUAAGAAGAAUUUGCGUCUUUGCCUGGCUUGCGACAUGGAUGCAAUGUUCUCAGCGGUUUUCUCUGGUGAUCGGAAGCCGUAUAGUCCAGCAAAUUUUCUUUACAGUUGGUGGCAACAUGCAGCAAAUCUGGCAAGUUAUGAACAGCAAGAUGCCCACGAAUUUUUUAUUUCCAUGCUUGAUGGGAUACAUGAAAAGGUGAAGGAUCGAUGCAAAACCCAAAGCCAAGGCAGUGGAGACUGUUGCAUUGCUCAUAGAGUGUUUUCUGGUAUCUUGAGAUCUGAUGUCACUUGUGCAGCCUGUGGCUUCACAUCUACGACAUAUGAUCCGUGUAUUGACAUCUCAUUGGACUUGGAACCAAACCAGAGGGGUUCUGCAAAGAUGGCUUCCUCAAAGUCACAUCAUGCUUGCAAUGGUGAGACAGAUAGCGGUGGGAUAUCCACCCUAGUUGGAUGUUUGAACCAUUUUACGAGGCCUGAGAGACUAGGUUCUGACCAGAAAUUCUUCUGCCAGCAGUGCCAGGUGAGGCAGGAGUCGUUGAAGCAAAUGUCCAUUAGGAAGCUCCCACUGGUUUCCUGUUUCCAUAUAAAACGAUUUGAGCAUUCUACCACAAGAAAUAUGUCAAGGAAGGUUGAUCGUUAUCUACAGUUCCCAUUUUCCCUGGACCUGGCACCUUACCUCUCUUCUUCCAUCUUGAGGAGUAGAUUUGGCAACCGGUUUUUUGCUUUUGAAGAUGAUGAGCCAGGCACUUCCAAUGAGUUGUCUUCAGAGUUUGAGUUGUUUGCUGUGGUCACGCACACUGGUAGAUUGGAUGCUGGCCAUUACGUGACCUAUCUACGGUUAAGUAAUCAGUGGUACAAGUGUGAUGAUGCAUGGAUAACUCAAGUUAGUGAGAACAUUGUCAGGGCUGCACAAGGCUACAUGAUGUUCUAUGUACAGAAGACCCUCUACUAUAAAGCGAGUGAAAAAACGGUUUCCUCCUAAUAUAUUGGCAGAAAACAAAAGUUUGAUGAACAAGAAGUUUGUUUGUUUGGGCAACAGGAGUUUGGAUUUACAACCAUGACAAGUGACUUUAUCUAUACAUCAAAGAGGAUAUCAAUGGCAGUUUGUGUUCCAUUUAAACCAGUAUAUACAGUAUUGGUUUUAUUUCACAGGCUUGCUGAUUGUGAUUGGUAGAAGAGCAAGCAGUGCUUUAACCUCUCUGAGUAAAUGCUUUGAGGGUUUGCUAAAUUCUGAGUUGGAGCAUAGAGUGAGCCUAAAUUUUUGAGGCACUCCAGCUGUUGGGUCAUUCAGAUUUUUCAAUGACAUACAUGGGUUCCAUGAAAAUGGUUUGAUUUGAUUUGAUUCUUUUUUGCUGCAUUUUCAAGUAUUGUUGAGUUGAUUCUUUUUCCUCAUGGAUCCUCUCACAAAUUGUAAUGCUUGGAGGUGUAGUUUACCCAUGUACUAAUUUUUUAUUCUCUUAAAAUUGCUUAGCCAUCUUCGAAUUUAAUUUAAGAAUUACCUUCAUCUUCUUUGGUUU